AUGUCCAGUCUGAAGGCGGUUACCGUCAUCGGUGUCGGGGUCGGUGCCAUGCUGCUCAGUCAGGGCAGAGACCCGCUGGACGCAGGACGCAGCGGGGAGUCCACAUGGAGCCAAUCCGGGCUGCAGGAGGCUGCAGGGCGGGCUGUCCUCUGCAUCCUCGCCGCACUUUGUUUCCUCGUCUUAAAGUUUCUCUACCGGCUGCUCUUCUGUCCCCUGGAGCUGCUGAAGGCGCCUGAGGAUGUGGGGUACGUCGCCGAGGACGGGCGCAGCAGAGCGCAGGCGGCCAACGAGGUGCGCCGCAGGAGGAAAGUCGGAGAGCUGCCUCCGGUUUAUCCAAACGGCUGGUACCGAGUGCUGGACUCGCACAUGCUGGAGAGGGGCGAGGUCAAAAAUGUCUUUAUUCUAGGUGAGCAGCUGGCAGUGUUUCGGGGUGAGGAUGGGAAGGCCUGCGUGCUGGACGCCUACUGCCCUCACCUGGGCGCCAACCUGGCCGUGGGAGGACGGGUGUUUGGAGGCUGCAUCGAGUGCCCGUUUCAUGGGUGGCGAUUUCAGGGGAGUGACGGCAAGUGUGUGAAGGUUCCCUAUUCAGACAAAGUGCCAGAGUUUGCCAAAGUGCGCUGCUGGCCCAGCUGCGAGGUCAACAAGCAGAUCCUGGUCUGGUUCCACUGCGAUGGAGAAGAACCUCAGUGGAAGAUGCCAGAGCAGCAGGAGGUCACGAGGGGAGAGUGGGUGUAUCGAGGGAGAACCGAGCACUUCAUCAACUCGCACAUACAGGAAAUUCCUGAAAAUGCAGCCGACGUGGCUCACCUGGCUCACCUGCACACUCCGGGCAUGCUCAGUGGAGUAGAUCUGCGAUACACCAACAGCAAAACAUGGCAGUUUUUGCGACAUGACUGGAAGGCUCAGUGGAUACCAGAGUCGGAGCCCAACAAACAUUGUUCCCAGAUGCUGGUGAAACAUGCGCUGACCAUCUUUGGAUACCACUGGUCGCUACUGGAUGUCGAUGUCGUGGCCAGACAGGUGGGUCCAGGAGUGGUGUUCCUGAUGUUUAACCACAGUUUUCUGGGCCGAGGCGUGAUCAUGCAUUGUGUGACUCCAGUGGAGCCUCUGCUGCAGUGUGUCUCUCACACCAUCUUCUACCAGUCAAAUAUCCCACCUGUGGUGCCCAAGUUCAUCCUGAAGGCAGAGUGCAUUCAGUUUGAGCGCGACGUGAUGAUCUGGAACAACAAGACCUACAUCGCCAAGCCGCUCCUGGUGAAGGAGGACUCGGCCAUCCAGAAGCACCGGCGCUGGUUCAGUCAGUUCUACAGUGAAAACAGUCCGCGGCUGCAGUACCAGCGCGACACUUUGGACUUCUAACCUCCCCGAACUGCAGCCGGAGACUUUCAGCAGAGAAGACGUCAGGUCAGGGUUGACCUUAAUGUCGGAGGAGGAAGUCUACGAUUGCUUUUUGUUCCGACAUGUGCAAUAAAUUGCAAGAGGAAAGGGACGCUUGAGCUUUUCUUGUAAUGGGACUCUACAUUCAUUUAACAUUUGACCUUAUUUGACCCUCUAACUUUCUUUUUUUGGCCUUGUAAAAGUCACUAAUAGACUAUUCCAGCCUCAUAUACAGCAGACAAGUGCCUGACUGAGUGGAUUCAGUUCAUAGAUGUGAACUUUUGAUUAAGCGAGCGAUGCUAAGAGCACCGGAAUUGCCUUGUUGUAUCACUGACAGAACCAUUAGAUUGUCAAAGCCGUCUUACGCUGCACAAUUUAGAUGAUUGAAUGCAUUGUGUGUUGUGAUUCGAUGACGUUUUCAGCGGAUAUGUGAAUGUUUUUCUGUCUGCAUGUGAGAUUGGGGUUCAUAUAAAUUAUAUUCCUCUACUUUGAGGUCAGUGUAAAGGUUUCUUCUGAGGUGUGUCUCAUAAUACAAUGACUGGGAGUCACUUUCGUUCUCUU